GCGGAGCAGGGCGCAGAGCGCGCAGCUCCGAGCCGGCACCCGGUCGUCGCCUGCCGGGGCAGCGGCAGCUGGGCUCCUGGAGAGGUCUCCGGGCCAUGGAGCCUUCGCACAAAGACGCCGAGACGGCGGCGGCCGCGGCCUCAGCAACAGAUCCCCGGGGGGCGGCGUCGUCCAGUGGGGUGGUCGUGCAGGUCCGCGAGAAGAAGGGUCCUCUGCGCGCCGCCAUCCCCUACAUGCCCUUCCCGGUGGCCGUCAUCUGCCUCUUCCUCAACACUUUUGUGCCGGGAUUGGGUACAUUUGUCUCGGCCUUCACUGUGCUGUGUGGGGCCCGCACUGACCUCCCAGACAGGCAUGUGUGCUGCGUCUUCUGGCUGAACAUCGCUGCGGCCCUCAUCCAGGUGCUCACGGCCAUUGUCAUGGUGGGCUGGAUCAUGAGCAUCUUUUGGGGCAUGGACAUGGUCAUCCUCGCCAUUUCCCAAGGGUACAAGGAGCAGGGCAUCCCACAGCAGCUGUGAGCCUGCACGACCCACCAGGAAAGUUCAGGGCCCUGUGAGGGCUGCACCAGGUGACUUCAGGCACAAGGACCUUCACACGUUCUCUUCUGCCAUUUCUCCAGUUGGGGUGGAAGGGGAAUAUUUAAAAAUACAUUAUUUAUUUUGAAAAACAUACCUGCUUUUCUCAGCAGGCUCUGAGGCCAGUCUCUCUCUCUGCUCCAGAGGUACACGGGAGAAACAGGCCUGGAACACUGGGACUGGGCUAGAGGUGGGGAAGUGACAGAAUACCAGGAGUGCUGGGCAGGCUCAUCUAACUUUCCACUGAACAGGCACCCAGCCCUGUCAGGCUUGGUUGCUGUAGGCCCUGUUGUAGGUGACCAGGAGCUCUCCCAGGAUGCAAGACUUCAUGGAAUACUUCCUCUGGGUCCUUACCCCCUGCUCAACCAUGUGGCAUCCUGUGUCUGCUCAAUGCUUUCCUGGAGGCAGCAGAGGGUGAGGGUGGUCCGGUGGCCAGGUGGAAGCCCAGCAUGGAAUGACCCCUGGGUCUCCAUAGGUGUCUGACCACACUCCAGCCUCCUUGUCACUGACAGUGAAAGGCUGGGGGGGGAGGUAUGACUUUUGCUUCCUUGAGGUGAGGUGGGCAUUGGAUCCAUCCCUGGGUGACACUGUUAGAAUUCUAAAUGUUUAUAUACAACAUUACCAGGCUAUGCCAAUGGCUGCAGACUGACAGCCUUCCUCAAUUAUUACUGUUUCUGGUACACCUCCUUUUUCUGAAAUCCAUGUGUUUCUGAAUCUAGACAUUUUGGUUUGGGGAAGAUGCUAUCUCCUAACACCCCAGCAGAGUCUGGGCUACCCACCCACCAUCAAGCAUGUGAAUAUCUCUAGAUAGCUGGAAUAGUCAGAUUCCUUGGGACGAAUGAACUGUUUAGGUCAGAUUUUGCUCCUGAAUAAGUCCCAGGGGACACUGGCCACCUGAUUGCAUUUGAAGUGUCAGAUUAAACAGUCACAUCAUGAGGUUGGGAACCUUGACCUGAAAUUCUACAUGCUGCAAGCAGGUGCAUCAGGGACUGAUGUUGAUAUGACACAUGGACCUCUGUGCCCCUUUGAGUGGCUCACCUGGGAGUUAUCAGUAGAGUUAGAUCCUUAAUAGGGGGAGAAGCCAACAGAAGGCACUAGUGUGGGCGACAAUCUGAAAUUAAGAGCGAAAGGAGAUCCAAAAUUAGUGAUGGGAUGGGGCUUCCCAUCUCUUCUCUUUCUAUUCUAAACAGGAAGUGCUAACAUAUGGGACAGGAGAACUCAGUUCCCAGAUGCACUGGCCUUGAGCCAUCCAUGGGUCCCUCGAUGAAAGGCUUUCCUCAUUAGCUGAAGCUCUGUUACAGCUUGGCCAGGACUGUAGAAAGGAGCUGGUCAUGUUCUACACUGAUGGAUGGAAGCUCUUGAGAAACAGCUCCCACUGCAGAGGGUUUGGGGAGAGGGUAUCCCAGCCCCUCACCAGGCUUCUUAAUUCCAGUCCUUGGAAGCAGGCCCCCUAACUGGACAGUCCCUGACAUCAUGGAGAUGUGGAGUUGUGUGCAGUACUCAGUCCUGGCUCUAACUUUGGGCAAACAGGCCUGUCUUACCUUUUGUUCACCCAUUGGUUUCUUCCAUGGCUGUGUGUCCUUUGAAAACACAUGGUAGGGUCUUGUAUCUUCCUAUGUUCCCUUCUUUCCAAACCCAGCCCAGGCUUCUGUGGCUUCUCUCUGUUUGUUUGCGCCUGUAUCUUGGGUAUGGGAGCAGGCUUGGUCCUCCCCCAUGCAGCUGUCAUGCAGGUAGAUCAGUAGGGAGUGAAGCUUCCCUAGAACUGCAGGAGACAACCUCAGCAGAGGGAAGUGACGGGUCCCUGUCCCUUCUAUGCUUCCAGCCCACAGCCCCUUCACCCCGCCUAGCCAGUGAUGACAGGCCUCAGCAAGGUCGGUCCCCACAAGCGAGGGUGAAGUCUAUUUCCCUGACUUGGGUUGGGGGUGGCUACUGGGGGAGGUGAAAGAAGACAGCAGUUUAUAUUGCUUGUUUAGUGACAUGAGCCAGACUCGAGUGGGACUUUUUUGAGUGACAGGUGUCAUCAUGAGUUCUCACUGGGAUGGCUUAAUAUAGAGGUUUAUGAGUUUGGAAGGCUGUCUCCCUGGCACCCCCUCACUCUGGGUGGCUGAUGUGGGGUGGAGUCAGGAGAUCCCCACCUGUGAGUCUGAGGGUUGCUACUAGCUCAAAAUAGUGCCCAUAAAUGAGGUCAUGGCCUUAGCCCAAUCACUGUCAGACAAUGGACAGUGGCAGGUUUGCUUCAUGUGGUUCAGGAUGCUCACUGGACCAUUGGUGGCCAGAGUACAUCUACUAAAUACCAUCUGGCUGGAAAGGAGGGCUCUCAGGCCAGCACGUGCUUGGCAGGUGACAAAGCCAGGUUCCAACUGAAUAGCAGAAUUCAGGGUCCCUGUCCCAGCUGAAUUCUUGCCCAAGAAUUCAGAAGAAAUUUUCCCUGGCUAUCAGUUUUGGGGGCAAGGAUAACAGACACACAGAGGGCACCAUGGUGAAUGGGACACUGUCAGGACCCAACAGUGGCAUAGUGAUCAGAGUGGCCAAUCUCUCUACCAAAGUGGGACCCUGGAGCAAGAGUGAAGCACCCAGCAGCCUGACUGUCCUACCUUCAUUUCUGUUGCUGUGACAGAAUAUGCUGACAAAAGUAACAGGCCAGGAAGUCGUUUAUUAGGCUUACAAUUCCAGGUUACAUACAGUCCAUCAGAGCAAAGGAUUCACAGUGGCAGGAACUUAAGCAGCUGGCCACAGUCUAGAGCCAAGAGAAACAAAUGUGUCCAUGCUACCUGCCUGCUUGCUUGAUUCUUAGCUAGCUUUCUCCACUCAGGACCCAGGAAAUGGUGCCACCCACAUUCAGGGUGGGUCUUCCCGCCUCAAGGAACCAUCAAGACAAUCCCCGACAGAUAUGUCCACAGGCCAAACUGAUCUAGAUAAUUCCUCAUUAAGACCCAGGUGAUUCUAGAUUGUGUCACAUGCACAGUUAAAACCAGCACACUGGGCAUAUGUGGAGUACUGUGAAGACUACUGGACCAGAAAGACUGAUAUGGCUCCCUUUCCCCAGAACCGCCAGCCUCAGACUGCUGGCCUUGCUUAGGCCAAGUCUCCAGCUGCGUUGGAAAGAAAGAGAAGGAAGUGACAUGGGCAUGAUCUCUUCCCUCCCUCCACUGUUCUAGAUGUGUGUCCAGCCCCAGCGAACAGCCUCAGCAGUAGGCCUGGGCCCAGGCACUGCCUCCAGUGGUUCAUCUCCCACUGUUCUGUGAGGACUUUGCUAAGCUUUCAUGUGGUGAGCCAAGGCUCCUGAGAAAGUGAGCCAUGACCCUAGACACACACCCCUCAGAAGUCACAAGGAAUAACUAACCUCAGAAGGACCAGAAGAAUUCUCCCCUGUCCUUCUAGCUCCCUUACCUCACCUGCCAUCAAAACUACACCCCCUGGCUUCCUAAGCUUCCUUGUGGAAGGCAGAGGCAGAUAGCAGCUAGAGCUAGAACAGGUGCUGAGAACUGCCUGGUCUAACCAGCAAUCCAUGGGACUCAGUUCCUGCAUCCCUCAUGGGGCCAAUGCUGCACUGAUGGAUGGUAGAACCAUGAGGUGAAUUUGCCUACAGGAUGCUGGGGCCUGAGGAGCAGCGGGGAGGAUGCUGCUAAAAGGCGACACAGAAAGGAAGUAAGCCAUGUGCCUAACAUGUCCCCUGGACAGAAAGAGACCAAGAUGUACAGAAGAAAAGCCAUCCACACAUUCAAACAUUGGCCAGCACACUAUGGAGCCUUGGAACCAGAUAAAAGUCCCCCAAAGGCCCAAGGUCCUAAAGGGGGAAGGGAAGCUGAAUGAUAGUGUUUUUUUUUUUUACCUUAAGAUGCAAACCACAGACACCACUGUAUGUCAGUCCUCUUUAGCUGACCCAUUCCCUGCUAGGCUGGUGGUGACCUUAGCAGAGGACAUUCCUCAGCUUAGUAUGAAGUGAGAGGAGGCCACUCAGGCCUUAAUAAUGUGCAUUAUUGCUAAUGACAUGGAUGAAGAAAGCUGGGAGCAGGCACAGACUUCUUGGGGAAAUAGAAUGGAAGCAUGGGUGCUCUGUUGGUGGCGAAGACUCUGGGCAGGUCUUUCUUACGUCCUCUGAAUCACGUUCAAGCUCCACUGCAGGGAUUAGAGGGGAAAACCCCCAAUCUCAUCAUCCAGAACUCCUUAGAGGCUGACCUCCACUGUGGUUUGGGAGGGAGAACAUCUAUUCCAGGGAUGAACUGCACCCAAUACAGACCAAGGGUUCCCCCUAGUGGAAGCAGGGAGCCACCUGCGGGCCAGGGAAAUACACCUGCUUUGCAUUUGAGCAGUUAGCAAAUAUUGCCCUGUGCCAAUGUGGGCAGAUCCUGAGCUUGGUGAAAGAUGCUCUCCACUCCACACCCCUGUAGUCUCCAGGCUCUACCAGUGACAGCAAGGUGGGAGAGACCCUCUUCCCCAAGGACCAGCUGUUAAAUCUUCUUCCAGGGAUCUCUGGGCACAGGUUGUAGUGGACAAACUUAUCGUGGCCACUGGAAGUGAUCAUGUGAAAAGGACUGCUGAGCAGGUGGGUGAGAGACUCGGGGCCUGUAUGUUUCCUCAGCUUUCUUCCAGUCAGCUUCUUGGGGCUUUUGGAUGUUACUGAGUUCACAAAGGCAGGGCAUUUUUGCACUCAGAGUGUGACCCAGUCUAAAUCUCAUGAUGUACUACGACAGGAUGAAUCCCAACCAGGGCAGUCCUGAGCACCCACCACACUCCAGAGUGCCUCUGGUCUAAUGUCUUCAGGAUCACCUGCAUCCUUCCAGUUGCCUUGGCCUCCGUUUAGCCAUCUACAAUGCAGGACUAAAGCCAGUUGGUCCUAGACAGCCUUCAUUUUCCCCAAUCCUGCCAAAGUCAAGGGUUUAGAGAGCCCAGGCCCACCCAGGGAAGAGAAGUGUGCUUCCUCAUAACUCAAAGGCUGACAACCCCAGAGCUGGGAGAGUCCAGACUCUUCCUUGCAAAACAAACUCUAUCACAGAGCACCCUGUUGCAUAAUUUCCUGGGGAGAAACAGAAACACCUCUUUGCCUCAGAUAAGACACCAAAAGACCAAAGAAAUUAUUCCAUUCCAGUGCAGUUUGAGGAGCUAGUGAGUUCAUUGGGGCUACUAAUGAGAGCAUGGGUGACUCUUGGUAAGCUACAUCACUGAAAAGUUCCACCCCAACAUGGGUGAAGACUCAUGAAAGCUGCAUCACUAUAGCCCCACCCCAUUCAAACACUUCCUAUAUACUCCAUCAGCCCCCAAGAACUCAUGAAGCUGGGGUGGGAGGGAAAAAGGGAGUGGCUGGAAUCUCAGGUGAGGGUCUCAUAGCUCCCUACUGCCUUUAGGAAGUAAUGUCAAUAGGAUGGAUAUUGUGAAGAGUUCCUGGGUAAUCGCCACUGCUCCAACUUCAAGAUGUCAAUGGCCAUGGCUUGCCCCGACAACAGACUUCCACUGCACUGCCUCCCACACCAUCAAGGGAAGAAGGGGCCACCUGGGUAUCUCUUGAGUUUCUAGUACAAGCCCAGGAAAUCUGGAUUUGGAUUUAGCUAGGGAACCUUGACCUCCAACCCCUCUCCAGUCCUGCCCAGAUUUCCCAAAAUGUCAACCUUACAGUCCUCCCCCAGUGCAUUUUCACAUGAAUGGGCAGGAUAUACUCACAUGUGCGUACGCACAGACACACACACACACACACACACACACACACACACACACACACGUAGCACCUAUAUUGCUAGCAAGCAGCACAGAGGCAGGAUCGGGGAGCUCAACUCAUACAUCUCCCAAUUGCCCUCAUGACCCCCUAAACCCCAUCCACUAUGCACAUCAAUUCCUCCCUCUCUCUAGAGCCCCUGGCCUGUGAAUCACUUCCUCCUGGGGUCCAAGGGCUCAGCAUCCCCAUCCUCUCCCCACAAAAUGCAGCUGGGCUUAAGCCCUGGCCUGGCCUGGUAUGGAAGGGAUGAGAUGGGCCUGCCCUGAAGGAAGAGAUGCUGACCUCUUCCUGACACUUUUCCAGAACUGCACACAGUACUUUUUCUGAAUUUCUUUUUAUUCCUACCUUACCUACCCCAACCAAGAAGCCAACAAGAAGUGGAGGAGGAGGGAAGUUUUAAGCAGAGACACAUGGUGGUGGGGGUUGUGACAGCUUCUACCGGGCCCUGUGGAACCAUGGCCAGCCCUUCUAAGCACAGUUCUGUGCCAUUGUCCACUUUGACAUUUUAUUUUAAAUAGCACAUAAAAAGUAGACACUGGCUGUGUAUAUCGCUGAAUUUAUGUAUGGACAAGUGUAGUAUUGUGAAUUAGUGUUUUGGUGCUGUAGUUGGCUUUGUUUGGGUCUCUCUUCUCUGUUAAAUUAAUUGCUGUACAAUUUCAUGUUCUGACAAUAUCCAGGGCUUUAAAAAAUCUCAUUUCUACCCACAGGGAGCCCACCCACCCCAAUCCAGCCAAGGGAAUAGCUAGCCCCAUUCCAAAGAUUGGAAGCUUUCUUGGAAGACAACUUGGACUAUGUGGGCCCUAGGGAAGAUUCUAGACUUGCCUGACCUUGGGCCCAGGUUUGGGUGUGGCUGAUUGUUGCCAGUGCCCUCAGGCUUGAGCCCUGGCCCAGGGGUCCACAGGGUCCCACAGGAACAGAGCAGGGCUCCCACCUCUCUAGCCUUCUGCCAGCUUUAAACCCCUUCCUCCAGCAGCACCACUGUACAUGUGCUGAAGAAUACCACUUAUGACAACAAAACUCAUGUACAUAUCCCAUAUACAUACGUGUACAUAUACAUGUGAUCCUCUUAUAAAUAUACAAAGCAUGGAUUUUCUUUGGCAUUCCAAUUUGUGUUUUUUUUUUAAAAAAAAAACAAAAACCCUUGGAAAUACGGUUUGGAACCUUUUCUUCCUUCUCCUCUUUUCUACGUAAUAAAUGUUCACGUGACCUUU